AUGAUAAGAACAAUUAUAUGGUUUGGUGGUGCUGGUUUUUUUGCCUCAAGUUACUCCAAUUUGGUGCGAGGCUUGCCAAUGAUGAGAAGUAAGUAUUUGAUGUUUUUGCUGCCGUGCCUCAAACGCUUGCUCAUCUGUAACCGCAGAUAACUUUUCAGUAGUAAAGCGUAUUGAAAUUAAACAUGUGUACCGGCAAUCUAAAAUAUCCGAAUUGAGAUUCAUUAAAAUUACAGUUUCCCAGCUUGGAGAUGCAUUUAUCCGGACAUCUCACUUCAGUGAAUGGUUAUUUACACAAACCAUAAUAUCGAUCGUCUUGAGGGUGAGAAUGUUGAACCCACUUGAAAAUCUAAAAGUUUUCUGCUGGUGGGAAUAUUUUGCGUAGUUAGUGAAGAAUACGUUCCGCAAAGUUGAGACAAAAAAUCAAUGGAGUCAAGAACCUUUACGGUGCUCGAAACAGGUACGGUGCAGCUGUAUGAAAUCUUUGUUCCACAUUUGUUCACUCAUCCCAAACUGUAGGUGUACUCAACAGGCAAUAAUAUGAAAAACAUUCAAACCAUUGAAAAUUAAAAUAAUAUGAUGAAUUAAUUAUCACAUGGUUAAUUGCUGAGAAUUAUUUUCAAUCUUAACUUUAUUUCCAAGCUUCUCAAUUAUGAAAAUUACCUUUCAUGCUCAAGUUUCUUUUUUAGCUCGCAAAAUCUGACACAAUUCCUGACAAAGUGACAAUAAUUAUGACUACUUUAAGGCACUUAUGUAACAUUCCACAAGUUGGAGACCUGUACAAGGGUACUCCAAAUUUCUUAGUCGCUUCAAUAUAUUUUAUCAGAUAUGAGGAAUGUAUGUCGGAAAGCAUAACUCUGAAAACUUUAAAUUUUUGCAGAACCCAUGAUGCAUACAUUCUUCACAAGUAUUGGGCUGUAUGCAGGCUAUCUGAUCCAUAAAUGGGAGGAUAAAGGAGAAGCUGUGUAUGAAGAGAUGGUAGAGAAACACAAAAACGUACCAUGGUGGCCAAAGGCUCAGCUUUUAGCAGAGAAAGCUGCCAGGGAACAAGUCUUAAAGGAAGGUAUGUAGCCUUUGCAGAACUUUCCCUCAACCCUCUAGCAUCAAUAUGUAUAUUCCCCAUGUUACUUACCACACAUUUCAUCAAGAGCUGACAAGAAGAAUAUGCUAAACGAUCAAGAACUUCAGCUGGCAAUCAUGUCCUUCAUUCUUGCGACCAUAGUGUUUGCUUCAGCACUAAUGUUAUAGGGGGAAAUAAGAUCUUAGUCAUGCAUACAAACACUUAUAGCUGCUGUUACAAGACUAUGAUUUUAUAAAAAGUGGUGUAUGGUUGAUAUCAACAUAAGCUGUGUAAUAAUUAACAAAGCUGAUCCUAAAGGUUCAACCAUGGUACAGGUGCAUGGCACCCAUGAUAAUUUUUCCUAGUACUGUAUAAUUUUGCAAGGCUGAAUGAGAGAUAAUAAACAAAAUCUAUAUAACAUAUUCUUGGGAGUUUCUAUUCAUUUGUGAAAAUGGAGGAGAGAAGCAGAGAGGCAUAAUUUUGCUUGAUAAGUGAGUGUUACUUUUAGGAUUUAUAGCAUCAAGACAGCUGUUAAGACAUCGAGACAAAAUCUUGUCAAUGGUAUUUUGCAUUUUAUAUGAAUGAAUUGUUUUGGUGCAAGCUCAACAACAGUAACAUGUGUCAUGAUCCUAAUAUUGAUACAUUCAAGAAUGUGAAUCAUUUCACAAUUGCUCUUCUCUCUAUUUUUUAGCGAUCAUGGCAGACAUUGCAGAAGAAGAAUCAGGUGAGAGUGAAGUUAUGUAUUGUUUGGUUAAAAUCAGUUAUCAGGUGGUUGGGAGGCAAUCAGCUGUUACCUAAGAUUCCCUGUCAAUUCAGGCAAAGUGAACCUCAUAGAGAAAAUAAAUGUAUCCAUUACUGGAAAGCCUU